AUGCUUUUGGGAUUGCCGCAUUGUUUUGUCAAGGACACUUCCAAAUGUCCUUUUCUAUCAAUAAUGAAUGGUGAUAACAAUAAUGAAUCGGUAAUUUUAAUCGGCUAUGGUAGACAAUUAGAAUUUGAUCACUCAGGUGGUACAAACUCAGAAUGCGGAUCAGAAGACAUCGAUGAAGAUUGCGACGCAGCAAGCGAUGAUAUUGAAGAAUCAAAUUCAACAGGUCAACAAGAAAUGAGUGGUGAAUCAAUUUGUUCGAAUAAAAUGGAUGAUCUAUCGGCAUCAGCGAAAAGGCGUGGUCCUAGGACAACAAUCAAAGCUAAACAGUUGGACACGCUGAAAGCAGCAUUUGCUUCGACACCAAAACCGACAAGACACAUCAGGGAGCAGUUAGCACAGGAAACUGGUUUAAAUAUGCGAGUUUGGUUCCAAAAUCGAAGAAGUAAGGAGAGACGAAUGAAACAAUUACGAUAUGGUGGUUAUAGGCCGACAAGAAGGAGCCGCGGUGGCAGUAGAGAUGAGAUGUGUGCGACACAAGGAGAAAUUUUUGCUCACGAUGGUACUGGUGAUGGAUUUUAUGUUCAACCAUCAUUGCCAUUUUAUUGUGAAGGAUAUCCAACUCAAGAAGCACCACAUUCAUUACCACAUCCCUCUUUUAUAAUGCCACCUGAGGUGCAUCGCAUGCAUAUGGAACAGGCAAAUAGUGAAGUAACAUAUAUUGAAGACAACCUUCGACCUGCUCAUGAUUCACCUGGAAUGCCCCUUGGUACCCAGGUAAUUUUUUUAAUUUUCUUUUUUUUAGAUCCUAUUCUACAUGGGAUUUAA